AUGUGAUCUCCACAAGCCCUUCAUAUCACAUAAUUUCCAUUAACUCCCUCCUUUUUGAUCCAUCUCUCAGUAUUUUCCAACUUCAUUUUACCUUUAUCAUCCUUCAUGGCCAACCUUGGAGGUAGAACUAAUAAUGGAAUUUCAACAAACCAUGUUGAGAUCCCAAUCCAUAUUUCAAAUGGUGUAGAGCUAAAACCAAUCCAAGAGGUUGCACUUGCAGAGAGUAGUAGCAUUAUUGACUACUCUCAAAGGGCCCAGUGGCUUCGAGCUGCAGUGUUAGGAGCUAAUGAUGGGUUGGUUUCUGUUGCUUCACUGAUGAUGGGUGUUGGAGCUGUUAAGAAAGACAUCAGUGCCAUGCUUCUUGCUGGUUUUGCAGGAUUAGUUGCUGGGGCUUGUAGCAUGGCAAUUGGAGAGUUUGUCUCUGUGUACACUCAGUAUGACAUAGAGAUGACUCAGAUUAAAAGAGAGAGGGAAGCAAAUAACAAUAGAGGAGUUAAUGAAGAAACUCAAAGGGAGAAGCUUCCAAAUCCAUUUCAGGCUGCACUAGCAUCAGCACUGGCAUUUUCUGUUGGUGCUUUGGUGCCACUGAUAGCUGCUGUGUUUAUAAGGAAUCACAAGAUUAGAAUGGGAGUUGUUGCUGCUGCGGUUAGCUUGGCAUUGUUGGUGUUUGGAGGAGUAGGAGCAGUUCUUGGAAAAACUCCGGUGACGAGGUCUUGUCUUAGGGUUCUGGUUGGAGGUUGGAUGGCUAUGGCCAUAACAUUUGGCCUCACCAAAUUGAUUGGCUCUGCUGAUCUUUGAAUGCCGUUGUUUACUAGUUAUUUAAGUACAAUCUCAUAUUAGUAGUAAUGUUUUUUUUUGGGUUGUGCUGUGAGUAAUCACGGUAGCUAGUAUUACUCUUUGAUAGAUUGUGGCUGUUUUGUUUAAGUGAACAUGAGUGUGAUUUCACGCUGCUUAAUUCUCCACAAGGAUUUUUGGAGUUCA